CAGAGAUAUGCAGUAGGCCAGCACGAGCCUUCUUCAGUGUUGACAGUGGUCGCUAGUCAGAUAUCCGAAUAUCACCUGAAGUGUUUUUUAUUAAUGUAUUUAUUUCAGGAGUUUUCUUUUGCUGUUUGUUGUCUGUGUUAAACAGUUAAAAAAAAAGCUGAGAGUAACUUUUUCCUAGACUAGCUCUCGCAUUGCGCUCGGCUGUAGAAGUGAUGAGCUGAAGUUGGUUAGCUAGCCAUGUAGCUACAAACAGCUAGCAGUGACCACAGGAAGGGCCAGGCAGAUACGGUGUUUACACACGAGAAGGAUUUAUGGGUUUUAUAUCUGCGUCUAAUUUACCGUUAAGUGUUAGCAACUUUGCCUGGAGGUCCCGGGUCCGUUGUGUUCAUGUCUAGGAGCAACAGGUUUGUCAUUGCACUGGUCAGUGUAGUGUUUAUGCAGCAUUUAUAACGCUUUCUGUAACGGAGUUUGUGCCAUAUACAGAAUGAUGAUUAGGGGAGUAUAUGAUCAGAUUGAGUUGGUUUUUAAAUGUUGGAAAUGAUAAGCUGGAGUGUAGUGUCACUGCUGUGAGCUGAUGGAGUGAUGAGUGGACUGCUGCUGGACUUCAGCUGGCCAUGGAACAGAAACAGGAUAAAACCGAGCUAAAGGAGCUCUCCAUGCGCUUGGAGAAGGAUGGCAUCCUGACCGAGGCCUCGGCGGACGAGCGUCAGAUCCACUUGUGGCGUCUGCUCCGGAGCAGCGAGGGCAGCCUCGCAUCAGCCACGCAAGAGCUCCAGGCUCUCCGUGAACAGCAGGUCAGCGAGAUGAAAGAGGUGGAGAGUUACGUGGAACACGUUCGGAACAUGCUAGAGGAGCGUGAAUGUCUGACCGCUGAAUUUGAACGGGACAACGAACAUCUCCGUGCUGAGCUUGAGCAGAUAAAGCACCAGCAAGAGUGCCAGUAUAAAGAGGUGAUGGAGAUGUUGGAGCAGGAAGGCCUUGCUGAAAUCAGUAACAGCAGCUCCAGUGAGCAGGUAGCUUACCUUCUGGUAGAACGAGUCACCUUGCUGGAGAGGUUGGAGGCUGCAGAGAGGAAGCUCGAUACUCAGACUCUCACAGGAAACCUUAGAGAGGUCCAUCUACAGGAGGAACUGGACCACAUCCGGCACACCCUGGAGGAGGAGCUCCGGCAGCAAAAGGAAAUGAUGCGUCUCACUAAAGAGAGUAUGAGCAAGGGAAACGAAUCUACAGCUCAGAGCCCGUGGAGGAAGCUCUUUGGUGUUCACAAGGCAACAAAAAUGACACAGAGCCUCCCUCUUGCUCACAGUGUGGAACUGGAGCAGGAGCAUACAGAGAGGAAGAAGCUGGAGAGGGAUCUGGAAGAGGCGUCCUGCAGACUCACUAUGGCUCAUCAAGAGAUUCGCCACCUAACUGAUGAACUCGAUCUGGCUCGGAAAGCCCAGGACCCUUGUGGCCCUGACCUGCAAACGUCCAGAGAGGAGUUGGCGCAGCUUAAACAGGAAGUAGAACAUUUAAAGCAAUGUGAUAUGGAGGAGUUGCAGAAGGCUAAAGAACACAAUGACCGACUCGACACAGAGAUCCGGGCACUGAGAGACAGAGUACGCUCCUUGGACUCUGAGAGGAAGACGCUUUUGAAAAUGAUCGAGAAUUUUAAGAUUCAUCCCAAUUAUGGAGAUAAACCUGCAACGGAUCAUGAUCAAUCUGUACAGGUUGAUGGAAAUGCGGAUCAUUCAGAGCGGUCAGGUACACCAAUAAAUGAUGAAAAGGAUCAAUUCCAUAAAAGGUGUCGAAGAGAGUCUGAGGAUAAGGACUGCCGUCUUCGGGAGCUGGAGAGGAGGCUGCAGAAGCAGCAGCAGGAGCAUGAGGAGCUGGUAGAGAGGAACGAGGAGCUGGAGGCCCUGCUGGGGGAGGCACAGAACAAAGCAAAAGAGGAGCGAGAGUGCCAUGAGUGUGAGGUGGACAGCUUGCAAAGAAAGAUUAAAAAUAUAGAGGCAGAGUUAAAUGUGAGAAAUGCCCUUGAGAAGAGACCUGUGGAGAAGGGUGAUCAGACCAAAGAGACCUUCUCAGAGGCACAAGGCGGUCUUCAAGAGAGGCUGACAUUUCUUGAGAGUCGGCUUGCUGAGGAGAAGGACUGGAGGAAACGGUUAGAGGUGGACUUAGCAUUGGCCCAGUCUUCUCUGAAAAAAGAGAAGCAGGCACUGCAGAGCGAACAUGAGGAGCUGAAGAAAUUGCGCAUAGAGGUACAGAGCUUACAGGCUGAGUGUCAGCAAGGGAAAUCCCUUAACAUGAGCCUCACACUGCUGAAGGGAGAAAAGGGAAUUUUGGAAGAAAAGGUGGCCCAGUUGGAGCGAGCUCGAUCACGGCUGCAGGACGACCUGGCACAGCACCUAGAGGGCAGCAGAGUGCAGGAGGACCUGAGAGAGAGCAGGGAGCAGGUGACGCAGCUUAAUGCUCUAGUUGAACAGCUGCGGUCUGAAAUGUGUAAACUGGAGAAAGAACACAGCACUCUGAGGAAUGAGAGGGUGGAGAAGCGCAGGCAGGUGAUGGAGCUGCAGGCUGAGCUGAGUAUCAGAGCCCAGGAGAGACUGCAGGCCGAGGGCCAGGCGGAGCGACUCGGACUGGAGCUGCAGCUCAAGAAAGAACAACUCCAUGCUGCCCAGAAGGAGGGAGUGUGUGACCCUAAUCCCAAAUCUUCUACAGGAAAGGACAAUGAGCUCAGCCAGGUGGUAUGUGUGAAGUCAGAGAUGAGUAAGCUGCACACCACCCUGGAGCAGGAGAGACUUUUGGCUGGUCAGCACCAGCUGGCCCUGCAGGCUCAGAUGAGUGAAGCCCAGGCUCGGGUCAAGGCUCAGGACUCUGUCCUACAGCAGAAAGGUGAGGAGAACAAGCAGCUAAAGCAGGACCUACAGAGGACUCAGCACCUCUUCACUUCAGCUGAACGAGAGCUACGUUACGAGAGGGAGAAGAAUCUAGACCUUAAGAGACAUAAUGCUCUUUUAGACCAAGAGAAGAUCAAGCUGUGUGCAGAGCUGAAGCAGGCUCAGGCUAAACUGGCACAGCUGGAGGCCAGUGCAACAGCACAGGUGGCAGAGCUGGAACAGCUGCAGCAGAGAGCCCGGGAGCUGGACCUGGAACUGGCCAGGAACAAUCAGAACAGACAGAGCAGCAGUAGCCUCCGGGAAGAGCUCAAUGCUGAGAGAGCACGAGUUAUUGCUGCUGACAAGAAGGUGCUGGAGCUUCAGCAUCAACUGAAAAACGCUCUACAUCAGUUGCGUCUGGAGGAGGCCAGAGCUGGAGAGACCAGCAAGUUGGAGAGAGACACCAGAGAUAUGUCUGAUAACUUGUCUGCCCUCCGAGCUAAACUGCAGGAAGAAAAGCUCCAGAGGAAGUUGGUGGAGCAGAGGGAAGAAGAGCUGCAACAGCAGCUGCGCUCUCUGCGUACGAAAGAGGCCGCCCUCGGUCGCAUUAACUCUGAGCUCUCCCACCGCUCCCAGCAGAUGGAGGCGAAGCUGGAGGUGCUGGAGAGCGAGCUGAGUUCUGCCAGGGAACAGCAGAGCCUCAGUCAGAAAAGUUGCCUUAAACUGGAGGAGCAGCUCAUGUCCUCCCAGCAGGAGUCAGAAAGACUGCAGGAGGAGCUACAGAAUAUCCUUCAGCAGCUUGUUGCCAACUUCAGGCGAUACAACGAAAGGCAUUCUGCAGAUAAGACCAAGCUACGAAGAGCCAAGCAGUUGUUCAUGAAGGCGACCACCCAGCGAGACAUGAAGAUCCAGAAGCUAGAGAAUGAUCUGGCCCUGGCAGCGAGUCUGUCCGAGAAAGAAAAGGUCUGGAUUAGAACUGUGACUGCAGAGAAUGAGCAGCUCCUGCUGGAGAGGCGAGAACUGCUGAGAAGGAUCACUGAGGCUGAGGAGAUGGGCAACAACGGAAUGCGAACCGCUACAGACAUGCAGCAGAGAGUGAAGUUCUUGGAGUUGGAGAAUAAGCAGCUUCAGGAAAAAAUGCUGAAGCUGGCCAGCCAGAUCGGAGUUUUAGAGCGUGCCCUGAGAAAUCUUCAGUCCGUGUGUAAUGCUGAGGAGGUAAAGAAAUUAUUUCCCUCUGGUGCUCUCCCCGAUGGCCUCUUGCAGACAUCAAGUCCGAAGCUGGGGCUCCGCGACUCUUGGGGACUGUUGGAUGCCAUCUGCAGGGUUAAAGUGGGAGAGCACGUCAAAAGCCUGGAGUCGUCUCAACCGUCAGAGAUCGGAUACCUGAAUGUGAGCUCCUCCAUGGCUCCCAGUGUCACCCAGCAUCAGGACGAGAACCACAGCGUCUCCAGUGAAGAUGCCUGAAUAAAACUGCUCCUUAUUACCAAGAUUGCCAACUAUCUCUGGAUGUAUAGCAGGUGUGUUGUGUCUGUCACUCGGUCAGAAGUUACCCGAUUAUCAAAGAUUAACGACAUUAACUCGGGACAAGUGACGAGACAAGCCUCAUUACAGAUCGGUUCAGUGUUGGCUACCCUGCUCCGAGAUGUUUGGAUCUUGUUAGUAAGCUUAAUCAUUUCACUGUGGAACUGAAGAAGGUGAAUCUGAGUGUGAGUACAGGAAGAGGAAGUCCUACCUUAUGGCAUCAGUUUAGUGGGUGAUUUACUUUUCUUCAAAAAAUGCUUCCUUAGACCCAAAAAGGAGGGUUUAUUCACUACAGCGCUUUUAUACAAAAUCACAGCUAAUUAAAAGCCAGGUUAUACAAAAGAUAAUAGUUUUAGUAAGCAAUGUCACUGUGACUGAACAAUCAUUAUCAUUUUUAAACCAUAUAAAGGUUUCUUGGUUGAAGUUAUUUUUUAUUUUAUUUUAUUUUUUAAAUGCAUAACAUUCACCCUUCAUUUUACUCAGGGUCAUUUCCCCUCAGCUGGGUUUAUUGCCUUUGCCACAUGUAUCCUGUAGAGGUCCCCAAUCCAUUUCUUGGGGACUCGUGUGUAUUCCAGAUACAUCAUAAAAAUGAGCCUUGUGGUCAAAAUUAAACAUCCACUCGCUUGACCCUCCUGUCAGAAAUCAGAUUCUCCAGAAACUAAGAAGGAAUCUUAGAGCUUAGGGAGAUGCAAAAACCUAUUGAUUACAUGGGGAACAGGACUUGCCAAGCUGGAUCAAUGUGUGAUGUGUUAACGUGUGGUGUUUUUAAGAGCAAUAUACUUUAUUUUAAUAUAAAGGCCAAAACACAAAAUACAGCCUUAUAAAAGCUGGGACAAAAGAUAAGGAGCGGUUUUUGUGGUGCAGCUGGAACAUGCCAUGUGUUUUUAUAUAGAUUGAUAAUCCAUAAAGGAGACAUGACAUGGGAUUAGAUAAAGCACUUUAAUAUCUAGUGGUACAUUAGGAUCGUGUUUACAAUGAGAAAAACAUUUUGUAUGUUUGGGGUUCAGGUGAAAUCUGGUGCAAAAUGCAAGGCUUAGAUCAGAAGUAAGCAGAGCAAGUUUAGAUCAGUGUACGUGUCAACAUUCAGGUUUAGGAACAUGGGAUCUUUAUCUAUAAAAUCAAUUUAGUUAAGAUUAUUCCUCAUAAGAUCUCUCUUCUCUAUUUACCUUUCAUCUGCUCCUACGUGAUAUUAAACUGAUGAUCUUGUACUUAACCUGCUCUCAUAUCCCUAUAUGUCUUAGACCAGGAAUGUUGUACAAUAUGUGUAAAAAGUCUACGCUUCCCUGUUAAAAUGGCAGGUUGUUGUGAUGAAAAAUGAAACCAAGAUAAAUCAUGUCGUUUUCCCACAGUGUGAACGUUUCCGUCAGUGUGAAGUGACCGCAUAUAAAAAUGAAGUUUUUAGGCAAGUCAUUUUGAGUCUAUCAGUGUGCCACGUCUUGUCUUAUAGAUCUUGCAAAAGCAUUCUGAUAUGGUAAGAGCAUCUCCUGUGCACAGUCCACUCCUGGUCAUCCCACAGAUUAUUAGUGGGAACUCUUGCUAGGUCAUUCAGAAACACUGAUGAUCUGGUUAAUUCCUUUGUUGAUUCAGACGCAUGCUUUGGGUCAGUGUUGAAAUCUCGAGCUCAUUGGCAGACUGGAGGUUUUACACCAACAUCACCUGGCGUGUAGCUAGUCAUGAUUCCCUUCAACUUGAUAAAAACCUCAGUUCUGAUAGAGAAAAGCAGCUCUAAAGCCCUAAAGCAUGAUCCUGCCACCACCGUGCUGCACUGUGGGUGUGGGUUUAUUAGUUAUACCUUUUUGAAAGGAUAGAAUAACCAUUAUUUUAGAGCUUGCACUGAACCAGGCUAUUGUAAACUGUUUGAUUGUUUUUCACUUUUGUUCAUUUUUGUUGAAAUUUCAUAUUGAAAUAAUUUACCAUGGUUUUAUUAUUAUUAUUAUUUUUUUUUUUUACAUUAGAAUAAUCUGCCAUUUUAACAGACUUUCUGUAUCCUCCGGACACGUGAGCAUCCUGGCCUUGCGAUUCUCAUCCCGCUGAAAAGGGAGUGAAUUUUACUAAUCAGAUUUGAUUGUAUUUAAAUUCAGGUCUCAUUUUUUUUUAUUUACUACACUUCAGACCUGAGGGUAUUAAAAUCUGAACUGACCAGUGUAUUCAUCACCACACUACUUUAAUAACGACUUUAAAUCCUCGAGUCUGUAGCUGAAGUUUGCACUAAAGUAAUUCUGUCGCUUAUUGUUUAUCUCUAGUCUUAUAUGAAAAGCCUUCCAGUGUUUUUGGGUAUGUACAGCGUGAGGUACAUGGGUACUGUCUCUUUGUUUUUUUUACUUGUGUGAUGUAUUAUUUUCUACAUUAUAAUCACAGAACAAUCCGCACUCUCCUGCAUGUUUCAGCAAUAAUGAAUGCUCAUGGCAUUUAUUACAUUCCACUGUUGAACAACUGAGCACACAAAUGUGUAUUUUCUUAUUAAACACUGAUUAUAUUUUCA